GAGGGAAGGAAGCAACCACGCAGAUGAGAGAUGAGAAUGAUGGGAUUACUUAUAAUAAAGUGUGUGUCUUCAUAUAUAAUUAUUAUUGUUUUGCAGCUGCGGGUAGCGAGAGCGAGAGCGAGAGGAUGUGCAGUAGAGGGCACUGGAGGCCUGCAGAAGACGAGAAGCUCCGAGAGUUGGUGGAGCGACACGGAGCCCACAACUGGAACGCCAUAGCCCAAAAGGUUGAAGGAAGAUCGGGGAAGAGCUGCCGGCUGAGGUGGUUCAACCAGCUGGAUCCGCGCAUCAACAGAACCCCUUUCACACAGGACGAGGAGCGCAGGCUGCUGGCCUCCCACCGGAUCCACGGCAACAGAUGGGCCAUUAUCGCCAGGCACUUCCCCGGCCGCACCGACAACGCCCUCAAGAACCACUGGCACGUCAUCAUGGCCAGAUCCAAAAGAAAAUCCAAAUCAACCCAAAAUCACCAUCGCCUUUUUAAUUUUCCAAAUAUUUAUUACUCCUCCCCUAACCCCACUUCUUCUAUUCCCAAUCCCACUCCAGAUACAUCAAAUGAUCACGCAGUAGUAGAGUUCUACGACUUUCUCCACCUAAACGCAGACUACAUUACUGCAACCAGAAGUGAAGUGAUAGACAACUCACGAAAAGACGAUGAAGAGGUUAAUCAACAAGCCCAAGCCGAUGAUGCCCUUCCCCUUCCAUUCAUUGAUUUCUUCUCUGCCCAAACCUCCUGAUCGAUAUUACCUUAUUAACUAACUCCACAUCAUCCAAAAUCUCACCCUCACCCUCACCUCAUACAUAUAUGUGUAUAUUAUAAGCUCUAAGAACACUAAUUUUACCUCUGCAUCUGCAUCUACAUAUUCAGCCCCACACAUAUUGCCUAACUAAUUAGGGAUGUGUAAUCAACAUACAUAAUUCAGUACUACAGAAGGCACUGUUAUUAUUUGUAAUGCUUCAGUAACUUUCAUACCAUGUUCUGCGCUUCCAUGUAUAGCUACUGAAAAGCAUUGAUUUAAAUUCAAUUCAAAUUUGGAGGGUAAUCCGCAAUA